UCUGCGCACACUCAGUGCGCUGUGAAUAGUUAUGCCCUCCCUCCUCCCAUUUCAAUGUAAGAUGGUGGUCAGAAGGUACUGCUGCUAAAUACACAGAGGCAAAAAAGAAAAAAGGCAAACCAUUCUUUGAACAAACGAACUCAGAGUUUAAAAAUAAACACAGGGCGAAUUCAAGGUGUCACCUUACACACACCUGGAUAGUUUAGAAAGAUAACCAAUCCCCUUCCCAUUUGGUGUGACUAUCCCGUGGGAAAGGAAUACCAGCAGUAGAGACAGGCCCCACCGUGAGAACGCCCCCCCGCCUCUCCGCCGUGCCGUAGGAUGUCCCGCAGCCCUGACGUUAAGGACGACUCCAUGGAGUGCCCGCUGUGCAUGGAGCCCCUGGAGAUCGACGACGUCAACUUCUUCCCCUGCACCUGCGGCUACCAGAUCUGCCGCUUCUGCUGGCACCGCAUCCGCACCGACGAGAACGGGCUCUGCCCCGCCUGCAGGAAGCCUUACCCAGAAGACCCGGCGGUGUACAAGCCGCUGUCCGCGGAGGAGCUGCAGAGGAUAAAGAACGAGAAGAAGCAGAAGCAGAACGAGCGCAAGCAGAAGAUGACGGAGAACAGGAAGCACCUGGCCAGCGUGCGCGUGGUGCAGAGGAACCUGCUGUUCGUGGUGGGCCUGUCCCAGAGGCUGGCCGACCCCGAGGUUCUGAAGAGGCCGGAGUAUUUUGGGAAGUUUGGGAAGAUCCAUAAAGUCGUCAUCAACAACAGCACUUCAUACGCAGGCUCACAGGGUCCUAGUGCCAGUGCGUAUGUGACCUACCUUCGGUCUGAAGACGCUCUCAGGGCGAUACAGUGUGUCAACAACGUCGUGGUCGACGGCAGGACGCUCAAGGCUUCUUUAGGUACAACAAAAUACUGCAGCUACUUCCUGAAAAGCAUGCAGUGCCCCAAGCCUGACUGCAUGUACCUGCACGAGCUGGGGGACGAGGCGGCCAGCUUCACUAAGGAGGAGAUGCAGGCGGGGAAGCACCAGGAGUAUGAACAGAAGCUGCUACAGGAGCUCUACAAAAUGAACCCCAACUUCUUACAGACCUCAUCAGUGGGUGGCGAGAAGACCAAGGGCAAAUCCUGCUCUUCACAAAGACCGAACAGCAGCAGCAGAGAGGCGUGGCCAUCGUUACAGAUGGGCAAAACGGCCAAUGGGCUGGGCACAGACCACCGCAAGAGCCCGCCCCUCCUGGACGGCAGCUCGGACUCGGAUCACCUGACCCCGGACGGGCCCGAGUCGGACCUGGGCCUGGGCCUGGGCCUGCCCCCCUUCUCCACGAGCUGCGACCUCGCCAGCCCCAGCGACAGACCCCCCGAAUCCAUCAGUAUAGGGAACGGAGAAACUCUACAACAGAUCCCGAACAGCGACUCCCCCUCGCCCCCGCCGGGCCUCCCCAAACCCAGCCUGGCGAUCCCCCCCAAACCCAACCUGGCGAUCCCCCCCAAACCCAGCCUGGCCCCCGUCGGCGUGCCGGAGGGGGCGGCCCGCUCGCCCUUCCCAGGGGGCGCCGCCGAGUCGCAGUCUCUCUUCUCAGACAACAGCAACUUCCGGCACCCCAACCCCAUCCCCGGGGGCCUGCCGGCCUUCCCCAGCGCCCCCCAGGGCCACCCCGACUGGCCCACGGCCCCCGAGCCGCAGAGCCUCUUCACCUCCGACACCAUCCCGGUGUCCUCCUCCACAGACUGGCAGGCGGCCUUCGGGUUCGGGUCCUCCAAGCAGACGGAGGACGACCUCGGGUUCGACCCGUUCGACGUCACCCGCAAGGCGCUGGCCGACCUGAUCGAGAAGGAGCUCUCCGUGCAGGACCCCUUGCCCCUCUCGCCCGGGGGCUUCCUCCACGGGCCCUUCAACGGGCCCCUGAACGGGCCGCGGGCCAAGGCGGGCCCCGGGGGCGGCGGCGGGCUCCCUAACCCCGCCCACCUGCCCCAGCGCCUGUCCCAGUUCCAGCACCGCGCCCUGUGCGGCUCGCUCAGCUUCCCCUCCCAGCACGGCCGCCACCCCUGGAUCGGCCUGCCGUUGCAUAGCAACCUGCUGCACCUCAACCACAUGGCCAGCGCCGGCGGCAACAGCGGCUUCCUGGACCUGAGCCUGCCCCCCCACCACAGCACCGGGCUCGGGGGCAUUCCUAUCACAGAAAACAGCACUUCAGUAGAGAGUAUAAAUGUGAAAGAGUGGCAGGAUGGGCUUAGAGCGCUCUUACCCAACAUCAACAUCAACUUUGGGGGUUUGCCCAACUCCUCCUCUUCGUCCUCGUCCUCGUCCUCGUCCUCCAGCGUUAACCACACAGGCGUGCCGGGGGGCUCGGGGGGGGUCGCGCACAGUUUGAGCUGGGACGCGACGGCCAGCUGGAUGGACCCCGCCAUCAUAACAGGUAUCCCAGCAUCCUCGGCCAACAGUCUGGACUCCCUCCACGACGACAACCCUCCGCACUGGCUCAAAUCUCUGCAGACGCUGACGGAAAUGGACGCUCCGGGGUCCGUGGGCCCCCCCCAGCCCCCCCACAGUGGCCUGUUCGGCGGCACACAGAUACCCCCCCUCCACAGACCCGGCUGGGCGCCCUACCCGGCCCCCCCGCCCGCGUCCGCCAGCCAGUUCCACUCACCCCCGCCCGGCUUCCAGACAGCCUUCAGACCCCCAGCCCCACCCCCCACAGAGCUGCUACAGAGCGCAGCCAUGGACCGCCACUAGGGGGCGCUGCUGUCAAGCGUCUCCCCGACCACAGACACCAGAUUAAAUCAGAUUACAAAAGCUAUUAACAAAA